AUGAUUUCAGCAUCACUAAGGCUUGGAAAGCAUGACUUGGCACAUGGAUACUUGCGCAAAAUGCAGUCGUCAGGUAUCCGGCCGAACCUGGUGAUCUACUCGAUGCUGACAACCGCAUACGCCGCGUCUGCAUCCUCGAGCACCCAAAUUCAAGGCCAAGCUGAAGGCGAAGAGGAUGAGGAAGAGAGGCAGGAGGAUGGGGUGCGUGUGGCCUACGAAAUGGCGGACCGGUUCAAACGCGAGCUUUUGGGUAAUGAGGUGGAUGGCAAAGUCAGCCGGAAGCCGCCUACCGAAAGAGCCACCUGGGGAGAGCGGCCGCUGAUGCGGAAGAAACUCUUACAUCAACUACUGGGCCCAAUCAUUCAAUCCUAUGCCAAGUCUGCCCGACUGGCCAAAGCACUUGAGAUGUUUCGCGAGUUGGUGUCUUCUCUUGGCGCCGAGUCCGGUAUUGUCUCUAGUGACGGUAAACCGAUCGAUUUGGAUAUCUUCACCAUGUUGAUGGAUGGCUACCGUCAAGCACAAGAUCCGGUGGGUGUGAUGGAAGUCUGGAGGGAGAUCUUCCGAUUGGCCACUGAGAAUAAUCAAUCGCAAGAUGCGAGCAAGCAAUUGAUUGGCAAAGUUAUCAGUCUGAUCAAGAAUGAUGGACUUCCAGCUGGCGGUACCGGCAACAAUAAUACCUCGGAGCCACCCAGGAGAUCGACUGCCAAACAGCGCCACAGACGAAAAGCUAACAAACUUGGUUCCAACAUGCCAGCGCCCCGCCAACUGAGCUAA